UUGACGGACCUCCUUUAGCAUGAGAGUCCCUUUAAAAGAGACGGUCCAGUUGAUCUCAUGACCUGGAUGAUCGCUCGUCAUCAUGGCUCUGAAUAUGAGCUGCUGUUGGAAAGGGCUCCUUCUGCUCUCUUUCCUCCUGAUCUGUGUCAAUGGACAAAUAAGGCCAUCUUUCAUGGUGACGUUUCCUGCUGUGAUUGAGUCGGGAUCUGAGGCCAAACUGUGUGCAAGUCUUCUCAAGCCCAAUGAAAGCCUUGUCAUGAACAUUCAUCUUGUUCAUGGAAACCAGAGCACCUUACUGCUGCAGGAGAAAGCUGAGGAAGAGUUUCACCGCUGCUUUAACUUCAAGGCUCCUCUGGUUGAAGCAGAAUCAGUGCAGAAAAUGAAAGUAGAACUUCAGGGAAAGACGUUCAAGAUGACUGAAGAGAGAAAAGUCAUGUUCAAGCCUUACCAUCCUCUGACCUUUAUCCAGACUGAUAAACCCAUCUAUAAUCCAGGACAGACAGUAAACUUCAGAGUUGUUACCGUGGAUACAAACUUUGCACCCCUUGUUCAGCAGUAUAGUAGAGUGGUUCUUGAGGACAGUGAAGGUAACCGGAUUGGUCAAUGGACAAAUGUUUCUUCAACAAGGUGGAUUUUGCAGCGUUCUUAUGAAUUAAACCCAGAGGCCCGUCAAGGCAUGUACAAACUGAAGGCUUUUAUUAGUGACUGGAUGAUCUCACAUUAUUUUGAGGUGAAAAAGUAUGUUUUGCCUAAGUUUGAAAUGACUGUAAAAAGCCAGAAUAAAUUAAAUAUUGAGGAAGAGGAACUGAUAAUUGAGGUUUGCGGAAAAUACACGUACGGACAGCCUGUACCUGGUAAAUCAUGGGUGAAAGUGUGCCGUGAUAUUUCCCAUCGUUUUCUUUACCACAUCCAUCAAUUCACUCCAGUGUGUUUGGAGGAAACCAUUGAGAUAGAAAAGACAGGCUGUGCCAUCCAUACCUUAUAUGUACCAGCCUUUCUGAACACCACACUAAAGAACAGGCUGCAGAAUUCUCUUCAUGUUGAGGCAAUGGUUACAGAAGAAGGAACAGAGAUCACCAUGAGACAAUCUAAAUUUGUAUCUCUCACUUAUGAAAUUGGUAAAGUCACAUUUACUGACCUUCCCAAAACAUAUGAACAUGGAUCAGUUAUAGAAGGAAAAAUCAAACUCUCAAAUUUAAAAGGCGCACCAAUUCAAAACAAACAAGUUUAUCUUAUAGAGGAUAAAAGGUGGACUUUAAAACCGCUCCUAAAUCUCACUACAGACAGCGAUGGACUGGCCAGCUUCUCUCUUAAUACAUCCAGUCUUUCUGAACGGGAUGUUAAUCUAAUUGCAAGUGUCUAUCAAAGGGGCCAUUAUAAUGACCACAAUAGGCCUCACAUCUCUGCGGAUAAAAAAACAGUUCAGCUCCUCCAUCCUGUUCCAUAUCCAUACGAUCCAACAAGUGAACUGAUUAUAGAGAAUACUGAGCAGCCAUUAAAGUGUGACUCUGAGUUUACAGCCACCAUCAAGUAUUCUUUUCUUGGAGAGACAAUUGAGGACUUCAAAACUGAUAUUGUCUAUAUGGUCUUGUCCAGAGGAGUGAUUGUUCAUCAUGGAUAUGAGAAGGUUGAAGUGAAAUCUUCUAAUGGAGUAGCAAGAGGCACGGUGUCAUUCAAACUGUCUGUUGGUGGAUAUCUGUCUCCUGUAGUGCAGAUUCUGGCAUACUGUGUUCUGCCCAGUGAAGAUGUUGUUGCUGGUAGCAGAAAUUUCAACACUGAAAAGUGUUUCAAAAACAAAGUGUCUCUGCAGUUUUCUCCAGCUAAAGCAGUUCCUGGUGAGAAAAACACUCUCCAGCUCUCAGCUCAGCCUGGUUCACUGUGUGGCCUCAGUGCUGUAGAUCAGAGCAUCCUGAUCCUGAAGUCUGGACAACGACUGGAUACUGACAAGAUCUUCAACCUGCUGCCAGUGCAGUUGAGGUCAGAUUUUCCUUACGCUGUUGAAAAUGAGCAAGAGCAGGAGUGUCUGCAUGUGAGACCCCGUCGAGAUGUGCCAACAGGCAAAGCCUAUGAAUCCUUAAAGAGAGUGGGAUUGAAGAUGGCAACAAAUUUGGUUGUGCGAGUCCCUCAGUGUCUGUCAUACAGAGGCUUGAUGUUUCAUCUACUCCGUAUAGAUAUAAUGAGACUUCUAGAGGUGGGUUAUGUGAGUCAUUUACAUACUGAUGAUUUUAGAAUCACUCACAGAGAUUCUCCAGUAGUAACGGUUCGGACCGUCUUUCCAGAAACGUGGAUCUGGGAACUUGUUGAAGUGGGGGACUCUGGAUCAGCUCAGAUUCCUGUCACGGUUCCUGACACCAUCACUUCUUGGGAGACGGAGGCCUUCUGUCUGUCCUCCGAAGGUCUGGGUCUUGCUCCUCCUGCUCAGCUGACAGUUUUCCAGCCCUUCUUCCUGGAGCUCUCUCUGCCUUACUCCAUCAUCCGUGGGGAGAUCUUUGAGCUGAAGGCCACUGUCUUCAACUAUCUGUCCAAGUGCAUCAUGGUUAAAGUGACUCCAGCUCCUUCAUCAGACUACACUCUCAAAGCCUCCUCUGAUGAUCAGUAUUCAUCCUGUCUAUGUGCUACUGGAAGAAAAACCUUUAAAUGGAUCCUCACUCCUUCUGUUCUUGGAGUCUUGAAUAUUACUGUCAGUGCGGAGGCAGAGGCGUCCCAGACUGUGUGUGACAAUGAGAUUGUGAGCGUCCCAGAGAGAGGACGCAUUGACACGGUCACACGAAGUCUGCUCGUACAGGCAGAAGGAACUGAAAAGACAGAGACUCACAGCUGGUUACUGUGUCCAAAGAGUGACACUCUCUCAGAGGAAGUGGCUCUGACUCUUCCUAAAGAUGUGAUAGAGGGAUCAGUCAGAUCCUCUGUUUCAGUCAUUGGAGACAUAUUGGGUCGGGCGCUGAGGAAUCUUCACGGAUUAUUACAGAUGCCGUACGGCUGUGGAGAACAAAACAUGGCUGUUCUUUCUCCCAAUAUUUACAUACUGCAGUAUCUGGAGAACACGGAGCAGCUCACCUCAGCCAUCCGAGAGACAGCCACAGGCUUCCUGAAGAGCGGAUACCAGAGACAAAUGAACUACAAGCAUUCUGAUGGAUCAUACAGCACAUUUGGUAAUGGUGAUGGGAAUACAUGGUUGACUGCCUUUGUGCUGAGGUCCUUUGGCAGAGCACAGAAAUACAUAUUUAUUGAUCCAGAAAUUAUUCAGAGUGCAAAGCAGUGGUUAAUAAACAGACGGGAUUCAGACGGCUGUUUUCUCCAACAGGGAAGACUGUUCAACAACAGAAUGAAGGGUGGAGUGAAUGAUAAGGCAACCAUGACUGCCUACAUUACUGCAUCAUUGCUUGAGCUGGAAACUCCAGUCACAGAUCCUGUUAUCAGUAAAGGUUUGUCAUGCUUGAGGUCUGUCAUUGAAGAUGUUAAAAACACUUACACCACUGCUCUGCUCGCCUACACUUUCAGUCUGGCUAGAGACACGGUCACUCGACAGCAGCUUUUCAAGAAACUGGAGGAAGUUGCUAUUUCAGACAGGUCUCUUCUCCACUGGUCUCAGUCUGCAUCUGCGGAUGACUCUGAGUCUCUGGCAGUGGAGAUCAGCUCAUAUGUGCUGCUAGCCGUUCUCACUGCAGAUUCAGUCACCACAGCUGAUCUGGGCUAUGCUAACAGGAUUGUCAGCUGGCUUGUGAAGCAGCAGAAUGCCUAUGGAGGAUUCUCUUCCACACAGGACACAGUGGUGGCUCUUCAGGCACUGUCUUUGUACGCCACUGAAGUGUUCAGCUCUGACGGCUCCAGCACAGUGACUGUACAGUCAGCAGGAGACACUCACCACUUUGAUGUCAAUCAGGACAACAAGUUACUGUACCAGGAGAAGCAGCUGCAGAACGUUCCGGCCAAAUACAGCAUUGAAGUGAAGGGCUCAACCUGUGUGUCUGUGCAGAUGUCUCAGUUCUACAACAUUCCCACUCCUACUGAAGCUAAAACAUUGAGCAUUGAUGCUGAGAUUGAGGGAGAUUGCAAAACAUUGGGACAAAAUUUCAUUUUGGACUUCACUGUUAAAUAUGAUGGUCUACAGGAAAGGACUAACAUGGCCAUUGUGGAUAUUAAACUCUUAUCUGGAUUCACAGCUGAUACAUCACAGCUUGAAACUUCUUCCAGAAUAUACAAAUCUCUUGUGGAAAGGGUCGAUUCUAAAAAUGAUCAUGUCAUUGUUUAUUUGAAGGAGAUCCCACGAAAUAUUCCAAUGAAUUACCAGAUACAAAUGAAACAGGUCCUUCCAGUGAAGAAUCUCAAGCCAGCUGUGGUCAAAGUGUAUGAUUACUACCAAACAAGUGAUCAGUCAGAGGCAGAGUACUCCUUCCACUGUGAAUGACAUGCAUCACCUCAUAGUUCAGCCAUGACAAAGAUGUUUGAACACUCAAGUUUAGUAUUAUAAUGUUUAUUCUUUAUCCUAGACAAAAUUAUUUCCAGUAGCCCAAAUUUGAACAAACCCCCAAAUCAGUUUUUGGCCAACUUGACUAAUGAAUUCUCAAUGCAUAUGAUUAAUAAAAGUGAUGAAAACAA